CUCAUCCAAGAAAGUAAAAGUGGGGAAAACCUUAUAUUAGAAGAAACUGCCCGUUGGCUAUGCUUAGUCUAUAUUAGAAAAUCGUUGGUGCGAGUGGAAAACUGCGCGAUCCAUACCGUGCGCGAAAAAUUUUUUUUUCACUAUUUAGGACCGGCACCAAAAAUCAAUGUACUGGUAUUAUCUUGCCUGUUUUAUCGUAGUUUUUGUGAUAUUUCUAUAUUUGGACUGUAUCAAACCGGCGAAUUUCCCACCUGGCCCAAAAUGGUACCCAAUCAUCGGAAGUGCCUUAGAGAUAGCACGUGCUCGACAGCAAACAGGCAUGCUUUGCAAAGCUAUAAAACUAAUAGCCUCAAAGUACGAACACAAAGGAGUAAUUGGCUUUAAAGUUGGCAAAGAUAAGACUGUGAUGGCCAUUUCUGGAGACUCGCUCCGAGAAAUGAUGAGCAAUGAGGAUCUCGAUGGGAGACCAACUGGAAUAUUUUACGAAACUCGCACCUGGGGCCUUCGGAGAGGUGUUCUGCUGACGGAUGAAGACUUUUGGCAAGAGCAAAGACGAUUUAUAGUGCGUCACUUGAAAGAGUUUGGAUUUGCGAGGAAAGGAAUGGCGGAGAUUAUAGGAAAUGAAGCUGAACAUGUAAAACAUGAUUUUCGGGCUUUGGUUGAGGCUGGAAAUGGAAAAGCACUUGUACAAAUGCAGAGCGCGUUUUCCGUUUACAUCUUGAAUACCCUGUGGCUGAUGAUGGCUGGAAUUCGAUAUACCAGAGAAAACAAGGACUUGAAAUACCUGCAGUCUCUGCUGCAUGAAUUAUUUGCUAAUAUCGACAUGAUGGGUGCACUAUUCAGCCAUUUUCCGUUUAUAAGAUUUUUCGCACCAAGACUUUCAGGGUACAAACAGUUUGUGGAAAUUCACAAUCUCAUGCACAAAUUUAUUGGAGCAGAAGUGGAAAACCACAAAAAAUCAUUCAACGAAACGGAUGAACCACGUGAUCUGAUGGAUGUGUAUUUAAAAAUUUUGCAAUCUAAUCGCGACGUUCCUGAAAGCUUCUCCCAAGAACAACUGUUGGCAGUUUGUCUGGACAUGUUCAUCGCUGGCUCGGAAACUACAACAAAGACUCUCGGUUUCGCGUUUCUGCAUCUGGUCAGGCAACGCGAAACUCAACUAAAAGUACAAAAAGAAUUGGACGAAGUUGUAGGGCGAAAUCGUCUUCCCACGUUAGAGGAUAGAGCAAAUUUGCCGUACUGUGAAGCAGUUGUACUUGAGGCUUUACGUAUGUUCAUGGCGAAUACUUUCGGUAUUCCUCAUCGAGCCCUGCGGGACACAAAACUGUGCGGAUAUGAUAUUCCAAAAGAUACGAUGUUAGUAGGAAUGUUCCGCGGUAUGAUGUUAAAUGAUUGGGAAUCACCAACUUCCUUCAAACCGGAGCGAUUUUUGAAGGGUGGAAAAAUUGUCAUUCCUCCCAACUUCCAUCCGUUUGGUGUUGGUCGACAUCGCUGUAUGGGUGAAAUGAUGGGCAAAGCCAACUUGUUCCUCUUUAUCACAACUCUCUUCCAAUCAUUUGAUUUCCUAGUGCCAGAAGGUGACCCAUUACCGUCAGAUGAGCCGAUUGAUGGAGCAACGCCAAGUGUGCGGCAGUACACAGCAUUGAUUGUUCCUCGGUAAUUUCAGCACAAGACUAAAAUAAUCUUAAGAGAAUGUAAUAUAGAUGUAUUAUGAUUAAAUAUGAAAUGAGACAUUUUGUUUGAUGACCACCCAGCUAACCCUACCCUAAUAAACCCCUGGCGUUCGAUUUGAAUAGGUCCUAUCAACAUAGGAAGCACAGCAAACA